AUGGUGAAGGACGUGGGGUGCCUGUCGAUCGACCGUCGGGGAGAGCUCCUGGUCACGGGGGAUGAGUCGGGGGCUAUCUGCGCCCGCCUUCUACACCACUCGGGUAACCGGAGCGGCGAUGGCACGGCGUAUGGAAGCAGCAGCUUCGAGGGAGGACCAAGCGGCGGCGGCGGCGGCGGCGGUGUUGCGGAGGUGUUGCGAGAGGCGCACAGCGGGGAAGUUCUCGCGAUCAGCCACGUCGAGGGUGGGGCAGGGGAUGAUGACCCCGCCCUGUUUGUUUCGGGCGGCAAAGGCGGUGUCGUGCGGCUAUGGAAAGCGGCGUGUCUGGAACGGAGCCGAGAAACUGCCGCCGCCGGGGGGAGUGGGGGCGACUUGGAGGUCCAGGUGGAGCUCCUCAAGGACAUGCUUGUCGGAGGAUUCCAGGUGUCAUGCCUUGCGGCUUCCCUGUCGCCAACGGUACCAAUCGUGCUCGCCGGAACCGCCGAGGGCACGGUGUUUGCGUUCCACCUUUUGCAAGCCCAAGAGCCGUCCGACCGAAGAGAUGGCGAGGCAGAAGACGACCGGCCGGCCGUCGGCUACGGCGAUAGAGGCGGCCGCGGCGGCAGUGCUGCAUCCGGCCGCGAGCCGCCGGACGACGCGGUCGGCAGGACAGAGCUGGGCGCCGUGCUGAUGAAGUUCGAGCACACCUCGGAGCCCAUCGAGGGGGUCUGCUGCAGCCAGGAGCAGGAGCUGAUCGCUGCUACAGACGCGGCCGGCAUUGUAAGGACAUACCGACCGCUCCUCCCCCGAAGGGUAUCCACAGAUAACAACCCUGGCGAUGGUGCGCCGCCGACGACGGCAGCAGCGGCCGAGGCCCGGCGGUUCGAGCUGGUCGUGGAGUGCCGCCUGGGAGCUCGCCCGGUGUCCUGCGAAUUUGGGUCGGGGCCCCGGGGAGUGGAGAGCGGUGGUGUGCGGCGGGGGGUGGGGGGGGAGGGUGAGGUUCUUCGGACGUGCACGGCGAGGGGGAUCCUUCGUCUCUGGCUGACGGCCUCACUGCCCACGCGCCCGAUGAGACCACCCCGCCCGUCGGCACCAACCCGCCUCCCGGAUGACCACGAAGCUCUAGCGCCGCUUCCGCAUACCUCGAACGCUGGCACGGACAGCAGCAGCGGCGGCGGGGGCGGCGGCAACAAGAAUCCCGAGAUGCCGCACGCUGCAGCGGCGGCGGCGGUCGGGGCCGAGCAGGAAAACCGAGACCCGUCUGACCCUUUCUCGCGAUCGACGGCGAUCGAUGCCACGGGUAGCGGCUCUGGCGUAGUGGGAGUUGGUGGGGGGGAGCGGGGCGAGGAAGUAGAGCUGACCGCGAGAGGAGAGCCGCCCCUUCCCAAGGCGCGCCCGGCCGCGCCGCGCCGCGUCAGCUUCGCGCCGGCGGAUCAGGUCUACAAGCUCGAGGACCCAUACUACGGCAGCGGCAACAACAACCACCAGCAGCAGGGCGACUGGGAGGAUGAUGACGACGACGACGGUCAAGAAAAGGAUCACGACGAGCUCGAAGCGCCCCGCCCGCCGCCCCCUGCACCAACGCCGAUGCGAGCUUCCGGCGCCAACGGGACGCCAGGGCGACUGAGGCAGACGUGGGGCACCUCCACGUCGUCUCCGCGGAGCAAUAGAGCCAGGCGAGGCUGUUCGAUGGACGCUUCGGAUGACGCGUUCGUUGCGCCGUCGAGGAUGCAGGAGCCCUCCUUGUGGUCGACUGCGGCGGAGCAGGUUGAGCUUGAGCGGCGGAUGACGGAGGCAACGCACGAGUUUGACGGCGGCGCGGUGCCGGAGCCGGCCGCUCCCACGUACAGGGCGGCCGCGGCGGCGGCAGUCAACAUCCACCCCCUGGCUAAGACCUUCGAGGGGCUGGUGCCUGUGUCGCUGGACGCACCGCCACCGAGACCAAUGCGGAAGGGCAAGCAGGUGAGCAAGCGCCACCUGUCCAAAGUGCAGGAACAGCGCAUCACGGAAGAAGACCUCGCGUUCGACGGCAUGGAGCCAGACUGCAGUGUCAUCAUGGGCUUUGGCAGCAGCACCGUCGGUCGCAUGUGGCCAUACGAGGAGUUGGAGUGGUACGGAGGCCGAAAAAUGUCCGCGGAGCUGGACCACUCUUCCACGGCGUCCGACCGAGUGUGGUCUCUGGGACGAAGGUUGUAGAAAAUUCCCAAGUACUACAGGCCCCUUCCGUGUUCCAUAUAUUGUGAUAAAUCAACUCGACGAGUAUCGUCGGCGCAGCCUGUCUGAAGCUGAUUUGCUUUUUUGGGUUUAUUUGGCUGCUGGCUGAGUUUACUCCGUUGUUGACAGAUCACGACCCGACUGCGGAUGGAAACAAAUAACGGAACAGUACUACAGGCUCUCUCCGUGUUCCACACAUUGGCUGUGGCGGUAUGAUGGUGCCUUGGGUGCGUUGGGACGGAACGUUUGUUUUCUGUGUUGCUGCUUGUAACCGCAGCUAGAAACGCCAUGUUGCUCUUGAACUCCUUCCGAGUUUGCCUGCGGUGGCCUCCCCGGCCUCGACCUCCUCCACACGAUGUACGUACAUGUGACCGUGAGUUGUAAAGAUUCGUACUCAUAGCUGGGUGUUUCAAGUCACUCCUGUCAGGUCGUAAACUUAGCCCUUGACACGACGUUCCGUUGGACAGCGGUACACCAUGCGACAGCAGUUGUAAAUUUUCGGCUUGUCUUGGUCGAGUUCGUUUUUUUGCACCGACUUGGGUUUUGCUUUCGUGUGCACUGGUGCCCCGUGGCGUGUUGAAAGCAAAGUUCAUCUUCGUAAAUGAAGCAGUGCUACGUAUUGUGUCGCGGCGAUGUUAUUUUUUUUAUUCUUUCUCUUGGGGCUUGCUGUGUGCGAGUUAUCGCGUGGCACAAGUCGUCCGUCGUUAGGACUGGUGGGUCCUGACGAUUUUCCUUCGAGCUGUUUCAGGCGUGCAAACUAGACUACUCAUUGACUUCAUAUGCGCAGAACUACCACCCAGGGUGUCUUUUCUCAACCCUCUCUGUCGUGAGAGAGUGUCAUCUCGAGCAAGCGCUAAGCAACGACUCGGCCGUUGCACUGUGAAGUGACCUGUAACCAACCUACCGGUAGCAUGUAACUGAUUCCCCUUCUUCCCCUCGCUGCCUCGGGAAGGUUUGGCGUAGGCAUGACCCAUAGCGAGGGGGGGGGUCUUUCUAGCGAGCAGGGCUAGACUCACCCUCAAGGGACCGAUACCUUCUUGCUGCGGCGCACCCGCCGCGAGGCGUGCGUAGUGGUGGAGUUGGGUCGGCACUGGUGCGUCAGGUACAAAGGUGCAGAUGCACGGACCUUCAGGCCGUCGGUGUAGGCAGCAAUGCCCAUCUCAUCUUUGUGCGCGGAGGCAGACGUCAUCAGAAAGGCGGACGGGCACUAUGUACACGGCCCUAGGUUUGCUAGAGGGAGUUGUACUGUCUCAGUAACCUGGUUUUGCCAUCAAAGGAGGAGGGGACAGGUGGUGACGAGCUGAUUGGGCUGGUUGGCCCUUCGGCGCAAGAAUUUUCAGACGAAGAACCCUAAGUGCAACGAGGGAGAAAGCGAGAAACCGACUGGGAAGGACAGCAACGAGAGUGUGUACAAAGCGGAGCGGGUCGACUUUGGUCGUGCUAGGACUGGCCACAGCGGCACCGGAGCAGCGGUACCGGAGCAGCGGCACCGGAGCAGCGGAACCGGAGCAUAUGGACGGCAUCGAACCGUGGCGCACGGAC